AUGGCUGAGGAUGAGGAAGAGCUGCUGAGAGUCUAUGGAGGAAUAGACAUGAGUAAUCACCUGGAUGUCUUUACUGCACUUUUCAACAAGGUGAGCAGCUCUCCAGCUUCCCUCCAGCUGCUCUCCAUCCUGCAGACGUUGCUGGUGCUCGGACCAGGCCGCACGGAUAUCUGGCUGGCUCUGGAGGCCGUCACUAACAGAGCCAUACUCCUCGCCCAGGACUCUCAGAUGGAGUCGAGUAGACGGGCUCGUGGCGAAAAUGGACAAGGCCGUUCAGACGGAUGGCAAAAACGAGCCACGUGUCACAUCUCAGAAGCCAUUGUGUGUUCCUCCUUCUCUUCCUCCUCUUCUAUCUGGAGGACUUGGGAGUCCCCCACCACCCCCUCCUCCUCCUCCACCACCUCUUCCUGGAGGACUUGGGAGUCCCCCACCACCCCCUCCUCCUCCUCCACCACCUCUUCCUGGAGGACUUGGGAGUCCCCCACCACCCCCUCCUCCUCCUCCACCACCUCUUCCUGGAGGACUUGGGAGUCCCCCACCACCCCCUCCUCCUCCUCCACCACCUCUUCCUGGAGGGCUUGGCAGUCCCCCACCACCACCUCCUCCACCAAUGCCUGGAAUGCCUCCUCCACCACCUCCAUUAUCGGGGAUGGGGGGUGCACCUCUACCACCUCCUACUGGCCUGAUAGUGGCGCAGACCAGCCAGGCCCUGGGGGCCAAUGCCCCAACGCCAAGCAGAUGUCCCACUUUGAAGAUGAAGAAGCUCAACUGGCAGAAACUUCGAUCCGUUACAGAUGGCCCGUCCAUGUGGGCCACGGUUCAGAAAGAACCGCCUCCCCGCGAGCCCAACUACAGCAGUAUCGAACAGCUGUUCUGUCUCCCGGUGACUGAACCCAAAGACAAGGGGGCAACUACUCCUGCUAAGAAGGAGCCUAAAGAGAUCACAUUCAUUGAUCCAAAGAAAAACUUGAAUAUGAACAUCUUUCUUAAGCAGUUCAAGUGCACAAAUGAGGAGUUUGUAGCCAUGAUCCAAAACGCAGAUCGCAGUAAGUUUGAUGUUGAGGCGCUGAAACAGCUUGUUAAGCUCCUGCCAGAGAAACAUGAGAUUGAGAAUUUGAAAACUUUCCAAGGAGAAAAAGACAAGCUGGCAAACGUUGAUCGUUUUUACACCUCCCUGC